CACCUCAGACCCACAUCAGAUCAACGGUAAAAACCAAAAAAACCAACGCCGACCCCCAUCUCCUCCCAUAUCUCACACCCGGAUUGGACCAUUUUCGUUAGCAAACUAUACAUUUAUGGAUAGGGUAUUCUCCGUCGGAGAAAUCUCUGACCAGUUCUGGUCACCGCCGCCGCCUCCACCUCCGCCACCUUCAGCUCAACCGGAUGAUUCCUCCAAGAUGAACCGGAGCGCUUCUGAGUGGGCCUUUCAACGCUUUCUCCAAGAGGCUUCUGUUGUGGCUGUUUCUGCUUCUGCCUCUGCCUCUGACUCCUCGCCGCAAUCUUCUUCAGCUCCCGCUGGCGACAAAAGCGAAGUCGUUGAGAUCAAGGACAAGGACAAUGAUUCUUUUUCUGUUGCUAAUGACAAAACGACUGCAUCUUCAUCGUUUAGCAAUGGGCGAUGUACCCCGCCGUUUAAUGUAGCUGCGGCUCCCAGUGCUCCUCCAAAUAUUCCUAUGGAUUCCGAGGAGUACCAGGCGUUCCUGAAAAGUAAACUCAACUUGGCUUGCGCCGCCGCUGCCCUGUCCCUGGCAUCUGGUCAGAAACCUCAAGAUUCUUCUGCUAGAGCUGACAGUGGAUCGCAGGCUUCAAAUGCUUCACAAUUAGGAUCUCAUGCUACUUCCAAAGAGGCAGCGGCUGGAGGUGACUUAUCCAGGUCACAACUUGUAGAUGCUAAUGGACCAGUUGGAAUCUCCUCCUUACCUAACGCACAAAAGAAUUCUGGAGCUACUGUGAAGGCAACAACAAGUGGAUCAUCAAGAGAACAGUCAGAAGAUGAUGAAAAUGAAGGAGAAACUGAAAUAACUGAGAAUAUGGACCCUGCUGAUGCAAAACGUGUAAGGAGAAUGCUUUCAAAUAGAGAGUCAGCUAGACGAUCAAGAAGAAGAAAACAGGCCCAUUUGACUGAGCUUGAGACACAGGUUGCUCAAUUGGGAGUUGAAAAUUCUUCUUUAUUAAAACGUCUCUCUGAGAUUAACCAGAAGUACAAUGAGGCAGCUGUCGAUAACAGAGUUCUAAAAGCUGAUGUUGAAACAUUGAGAGCAAAGGUGAAGAUGGCCGAGGAGACAGUCAAAAGGAUUACUGGGGUGAAUCCUAUAUUCCAUGCCAUGCCUGAGAUAUCCACAAUAAGCAUGCCAUCCUUUGAUGGAAGCCCUUCUGACACAUCAACGGAUGCUGCUGUUCCUGUCCAAGAUGACCCAAAGCAUCACUUUUAUCAGCCUCCAAAUAACGCAAUGUCCACUCAUGAUCCACAAGUCAACAAUGCUUUGGCAGACGUCUCUUCUGUUGAAAAUGUGCAGCUACAUUCUGGAGCAGCAGGACUAACAGAGAACAAGUUGGGACGAACAGCUUCCUUGCAGAGAGUGGCUAGCUUGGAGCACUUGCAGAAACGAAUCCGCGGGUCUGCAACUCCUUUCGGGCCCCAGUUCAAUGGGGAGCAGCAGUAACAAACAGAAUGGCCCCAAGUGUGAAGAUGGUUUUACAGAAGGACAUUGUCAAGGAGCAAUUUGUUCUAGCAUGAUUUUCAGUUCAGCUGUAUGUAAAAGGCUCCAUUCUUUAACUACAUGCUGAAUCAAACAGCUAUUUUUAACCUUCAAUUUAUCAUGUGACAGCAGCUUGCCGUCUAGAAUAGUUCAUCAAAACAAUCAUCAAAUUUUCCAAGGCUGACGUGUUUCUUGGAAUGGUUAGGGCUUACAGGACAAGAUGCCAUUAGGCUGUUUUUGUGAAAGCAUUGCUUAAACCAAAAGUUUUAUAACA